AUGUCGACACUUCUCCGCCGAUCAGGCAACCUAGCGCGACUUUCCCGACCUGUCCUCCGCCUCGACGCCUCGACGAGGGCACCGCGCACAUUACGAGCACCAAUACCACAAUGUAUAUACUUCCAGCAGCGGGCACGGCGGUUUGCGACUGGAUCACCAGAGGAGCCGAAAGGCAGCAAAAAUGACAAGAGGGAGGACGACAAGGCCGGGCCCAGUGAGCCUGCAAAGGCGGAAGAUUCAGGAGAGUCGGGGGAGCAGAUCAAGAUGAGCAAAUUGACAAAAGAGGAGGAAGAGCAACUGGACAAAAUAGUGGCUUUUGUUUCCAUGGGCGUACCAAAGUCGCAGAAACAGAAUGUCAAGGAGGCAAUGGAUGAAAUCAAGCGGACGGGGAUACCAGCGGAGCUUCGGGAAGAGAUGGAUAAAUUGGAGAGAGGCGAGAAGCUGGACUUGGCUACAGCGGCAAAGAUAUCACGGUUAACCACAAAAAUGGCACGCAAGGCAGCCGACCAACACGUCUACGAGGACAAAGCUACCAAGGACGAUGCGGCCAAGGAGCCACAGCAAAAGGCGGGCGCACACGAUCCAGGCCCAGGAAAAGGCCCCAAGGGUAGCGCUGGCGGUGCUGGAGGCCCUGGCGGCAUGGACACCAACACAAUGAUCAUCAGCGCCUUCCUCGCAUACAUCACCUACAGGGCAAUCUACCCAGGCGAGAACUCAAAGGAAAUCACAUGGCAGGAAUUCCGCACAACUUUCUUGGACAAGGGACUGGUUGAGAAGAUUGUCAUCCUCAAUGGCAACAAGGCCAAGGUGCACCUGCACCGCGAGGCCGUCGCAUCCAUGUAUCCCGACUCUCCCGCCAUCAACCAGGGCUUUUACUACUACUUCACCAUUGGCUCUGUCGAGGCUUUUGAACGUAAGAUGGACGAGGCACAGUAUGAGUUGGGCAUCCCUAGCUCAGAGCGGAUACCUGUUGCAUACUCGAGCGAAAUCUCCUGGUUUGGUACCUUCCUGUCAUUCGGCCCUACUAUACUCCUUCUUGGUGCUCUCUUCUACUUCACCAGACGUGCUGGAGGCGGUGCAGGUGGCGGUGGCGGUGUCUUCGGCAUGGGCAAGAGUCGCGCAAAGAAGUUCAACCACGAGACAGAUGUCAAGGUCAAAUUCUCCGACGUCGCUGGUAUGGACGAGGCCAAGCAAGAGAUUAUGGAAUUUGUCUCCUUCCUCAAGGAUCCCAGUCGAUUCCAGAAACUCGGUGCAAAGAUACCCCGCGGCGCUAUUCUGUCUGGCUCACCCGGUACUGGUAAAACACUGCUUGCGAAGGCUACCGCCGGAGAGUCGGGCGUACCAUUCUUCAGCGUUAGUGGUUCCGAGUUCGUGGAGAUGUUCGUUGGUGUUGGUGCCUCACGAGUUCGAGACUUAUUCGCCAAUGCCCGCAAGAGCACGCCAUGUAUCAUCUUCAUUGAUGAAAUCGACGCCAUCGGCCGUGCUCGUUCAAAGCAGAACUUUGGUGGUGGCAAUGAUGAGCGCGAGGCUACCCUCAACCAAAUAUUGACAGAGAUGGACGGUUUCAACACUACUGAGCAAGUAGUAGUACUCGCAGGUACCAACCGACCGGACGUUUUGGACAAAGCCCUCAUGCGACCUGGUCGGUUCGACAGGCACAUCAACAUUGACAAGCCUACUAUGGAUGGUCGAGGACAGAUUUUCGGUGUGCAUCUGAAGAAGAUCAUCACAAACGAGGACCUGGAGUUCCUGAAGGGUAGGCUCGCGGCUUUGACGCCAGGCUUCUCUGGUGCCGACAUUGCCAACUGUGUGAAUGAAGCUGCUUUGAUUGCUGCCCGCGCUAACGCUGAUACCGUGGCCAUGGUGCACUUCGAACAAGCCAUUGAGCGUGUCAUCGGUGGUCUCGAGAAAAAGUCACUGGUCCUCAAGCCCGAAGAGAAGAAGACGGUUGCCUACCAUGAAGCUGGCCACGCCAUCUGUGGAUGGUACUUCAAGUGGGCAGACCCCCUCCUCAAGGUUUCCAUCAUCCCUCGCGGUCAAGGUGCACUCGGAUAUGCUCAAUACCUCCCCAACGGCGAUACCUACCUUAUGAACGUAAACCAGCUCAUGGACCGCAUGGCAAUGACACUUGGUGGACGUGUUUCCGAGGAACUGCACUUCGAGACGGUAACCUCUGGUGCGUCAGACGACUUCCGCAAAGUGACGGCAAUGGCGACUGCCAUGGUCAGUAAGUGGGGCAUGAGCAAGAAGAUCGGCUACAUCUACUUCGAGGACGGUGAGGGCCAACAACUCACCAAGCCCUUCUCCGAAGACACAGCAAAGAACAUCGACAUGGAGGUCAAGCGCAUUGUCGACGAGGCAUACAAGCAAUGCAAAGACUUGCUUACAGAGAAGAAGCAUGAGGUCGGUCUCGUUGCUGAGGAGCUACUGAGGAAGGAAAUGUUGGGUCGGGAAGAUAUGAUCAGACUACUUGGACCCAGGCCAUUCGAGGAUAGCCAAGACUUCCACAAGUACUUUUCAGGCGAAUAUGGCAAGGCACCUGGCUACAUCGAGCCGAAGGGGAAUGACGGGGUCAAGGGACCCCUGGUUCCACCCAGCCCAGCGACUUUCAAGGACUUGGAUGCAGGACGGUGAUACCUGUAGAGGUUUAUUUUGUCAUGCAUAACAUGAGCUGGACAGUCGGGCAUGAUGGGGGGGUUUCAUUCCACUCUACCGGUAGAGAUGCAUGCGCAACUUGACUUGUAGCAUAGAAGCGCAUUCUGUACAAUAUUGUCCAUCUGGCGCUCAAGCGACUAGAGGAAAGAUAUUCAUUGUAAA